GCGCUCCCCCAAAUUACAGCUGUGGAAUGAAGGUUGGACUCUUUGCCUUGCAUUGCGUUGGUAUUUUCCUCAGCUAAGGAGAUCGGAAAGAUUCCUCCUGUGGGCUUGCAUCAUGGAGGCUAGCAGUCAGUCCACCAGUCAGCAAGUCCUGUGGAAAGAUGUGGAGGCAGGAAAACAGAAGAAGACCAGGUUUCACAGCUACCACUGGGUGGCUCUGGUCCUGGCUGCGGUGUUUCUGGUUCUGGCCGUCUGCGUUUUCAGUCUGAGAUAUCUGUGGGGCCCCAGCCUGAGGAAGGUAUAUGACCAUGAGUACAAAGCUGUGGUAGACGGUGUGGAGACGAACAGUGUGAUGGAGAUUGACCCAGUUGACCUCACCGAGAUCUUCAGAAUGGGAAACGGGAGUAAGGAGGUUGUGGAGGUGCACGACUUUAAGAAUGGGAUCACUGGGAUACGGUUUGCCGAACAUCAGAGGUGCUACAUCAGGACCCAAAUGAAGAAGCUACCCACGGUGGCCGAGGUGGAGGCUGAGGGCACAGAGAUGCUGGUUGACGAGUCCGAGGCCAUGGAAACGAAGGUGGAGGACCCCAGAGUGUGGAUUCCUGCCGAGGAGCCCAUCGUUAACCCGGACUUCCUGCUUGACUCCAGAAUCUGGGAGAUUUGCCAGCAGCUGCCCAUCCACUGGAUCCAUCCCUCCCCCAUGACUGAUGGUGAGGAUCAGGAUGUGGACACGCCCGAUGCAGAGGUCGCAGGUCAGCGUUUCACCCGGGACGUCCAGGACCACGUUCCUGUGCACGAUUACAGGGAAGUCGGAAUGGAGCUGGAUAGCCGUCUAGAUGACCGUGGCUACUGUUGCCAGUACUGCCGCCGCGGCUAUCCCUACUGCCGCCGCUACUACGAGCCCCUGGGCGGCUUCAACCCGUGGCCAUACUACUACCAAGGAGGCCGGGUCAUCUGUCAGAUUGUGAUGCCAUGCAACUGGUGGAUCGCUCGCAUGCUGGGGAGGGUCUGAUAUGGGAGUGGGAGCUGAUUGAGAUUGAAAAUGUUUUUAGGUGAAAUCCUCCAAGAAGAGCAUUUCAUGUUAUUUGAUAGCAUUGUGAAAGCCAUCAGUAACUUUCUCAUGUUAUAAACUAGCAAAAAAAAAAAACAAGAAAACUAGGUCCUUUCUUUUUCUAUUUUUAAGCACUCUCAAUUUUACUUUGAUAUGUUCUACAAAAUCUGUUUGCACGUGUACUGUGCACAUGUGAACUGAAACGCACAUGUGAACUUCUCUGACGUGCAAUCAUGUCAAACAUUUAACCAAACUAUUAUACCUACUACCACAAGCAUAUUAGCAGUAGUUAGCAAACAACUUCAGGUAAUAAAGUACAUUUUCUGUAUCAUGUAAACAGAUUAUUUUUAUUCUCUGAAUUCAUACUCAGUAAUAGUAUUCUUACCUCUAGUGGAAAGGUGUUGUGUCACAGCAAGUUUAUUGAAAGCUAACAGGUAUAUUGACGUGAGUGAAUCUGCGGCUGCUUAUUUUGUUCCAGUCGCUAGAUUUUACUGAUGUUUUACCUCGAAAAGUGGUUAGAGGUAUAGUGGACAAUCCUUUUGUCUUCAAUUUCUGGGGGGAUCAUCUUGUCUGCUGGUUGUCCCACAUGCCGGUCAUUGUGACAUGCUCGUUCCUACCUAGCCUCUUUUUGCUGCGCAUGCACACUUCAAGUGUUUAUGUAUCCAGUGAUCUUAAGUUUCAGCCGUUCAUUGUGACUCCGCUGCCCUCACUGUAGCCUAUAGCUUUAAAAAUGGCUGAGAGCCGUAAGAAGGAAACAGUCUUACAAGUUUAUGUAAAGAAGAAGAAGAAGGCCUCGGAAGAAAGACAUAAGACCAGAGUGUAUUUGGGAGAUUCUUUCCCAUAAUCCCUCUGAGGAGUGGAAGUGCAGGUAGGAUGGUGUUGUGCAUGCGUAGUUAUUCAAAAAGUGACUUGGGAGACGUUUCUUGCCUACAUUUCCAGAAAAAACAUACCUCUAACCAUAUAUAUAUAUAUAUGUCCUUCCAAUUAUUUAAAGUGAGUAGAAUACUUUUAAAUCUGUUAGCCAUUAUUUUUGUAAUUCACAUGAUUAAAACCUAUGGCGUCCAUGAUGGCAUUGCUGAAAAUUGUAUUGGCGGAUACAUGCUACCAUUAUUCCCUCUUAACACGUCAUUUGUAAAUUUGACAGUAACUGUUAAGGUUUCAAAAAAACUGAAAUGUUUUUUUCUUUAUUUCAGAACUGAAUUAAAAUGUUUCCAUUGAAAAUAUGUCCAGGCAGACUGCUUGUUUCAUACUACAACAUUCUCUCCUGUUGUUUUUGAAUAAAUGACAAUUAAGAUCAAUGAAGUGAAUCAUAUUUAUUCUGACCACAAAAAAAGCUAGAACAUGUUAUCCUAACAUUUACCAAAGAACAAAUAACGAGCAACCCAGAGAGCUAACUAGCUUUCUGGGUUGCUAGUUAGGGGAAUUCCCCUGUUUUAGCUAAUUUAUGUCAACUCUAUUUUCAUGCUAAAUCAGCAUUAGCUGUCUACACUUUCACAGAAGACCAUUUUUAAGUUUUACUGCUUUUUUUCUAAGCUAAACAAUCUCCAUAUUACCCUGCUAACAUAGCUGUAGCCCUGAUUUAGCUAAUUUUAACAAAUUGAAAAUGUUCAUAUCAAUUCCACACUAGUGGAUAUUAACAAUCUACACUUUCACAAGAGACCGUUAUUUAUUUUGUCACUGUGUUCUCAUCCAAACAGAGUCAAUUUAUAUGCUAAUGCAAACACAGGCUGUUUUUUGCUAUUGUUAGAGAUUUAAAACAAGCUGAAAGUGUUCAAAUCCAUCUAACGCUAUGUCAGCGGAUAUUAAGUGUUUACAAUUUAACAAGAGACUGUUAAGUUUGUUGCUGUUUUCGCCCACGAACAAUGUAAGUGUUACUACAAUCAUAUCAGCCCUGUCUUAGCUGAUAUAAUAACAUUAAAAGAUCUCAAACUAAACACGCCUAUCAAUACGGGAUGAAACAUUGCUGGUUUAUGUUGAUGGAGGCAGCUGGUUUUAUCAGCCCGCUCCACCAACUGAUUUUGAGUCCAUGCAGGUAAUUUACCAAAAUCUGUAAGAUUGUUUUUUUUUGAAAAGCACAAGAGCCUGUCUCUGAUGUUGUCGCACAGCUAUCAGCCUGACACAACAUCCAAAAAUGUAUCAAAAUCUCAUUGGACCAGCAAAAACUUUGAGAAGUAACAUGGAUGUUGCUUAGCUGACAAAAUAGCAAUGACAAAUGGUGUCUUGUCAAAGAGUAAACAAUUAAGUGCAAAUGUUAUAUUCCAGCAAUAGGCCUAUAGGUUUGUAUCCUAUGGAAUUGAACAUUUUCAAUUUGAAUUAUUUCAAAAUUGCUAAAAUAAAGCAAAAAGGUAUGUGGUCUAACUAGCUGUUAGCCAUUCACCACUCUAAAGGAAUUACCGUAUGCAUUUUUCUACAAACCCACUGCAAUAUUAUCUCCUUCUACUACUGGUAAGGAAACUUUUGCUGAAAGCAACUGUACAAAUCCUCACUUGAAUACAGUAUGAGCCAUUUUGGUGCCAUUCACAAGCUGUGAAAGGCUGAAGCGCUUCAUCUAAACAUUGAACUCAACACUGCAUUACUUCAGAGGCCUAUUGACACAUCUUUCAUGUAUUUUUUAAAAAUACUGGAUAAGUUGUCAAAAAACGAUCAAAGUUUUUUUUCGAAGAACAUCAGCAGUGCAGUCUAGUAAUAAAACUGUAAAGCUCAUACAGUUUUGAUUUUGAUUUAUUGAUCUGCAUGAACCUAAAACUAAUUUCUUUGUUCUUUGUUUUUUUUUUUUGUUUGUUUGUUUAUCUAAUAGCAUGUAUUAAUUUUCAUGAAUUGCAUUUUCCCUGUCUGAUACAUCUCACUUUUUUUUUUUUUUAAAAGGGUGAAAAAAAAAAACGAUCACCUCUUUCUCAGUUUCUACUAAAACAUUCAGAAGUCUUUGAACAGAACUUAUGACAGCAAUGGUAUAUGAGGUUGCAUUAGAUUGCAGAGGUAUUCCCAGUAAAGUUUUUUCGGUUUGUGUCUGUCUGUUUUACUGCUUACAUAACCAGUAGAUAAAAGAUUUAGCAAAACCAACAAUAGACCCCAAGGACAAAACACAAGAGUGUGAAAGAAUCAACAGGAAGGAAUGCACCAAAAUGAAGACGUGCAGCAACAAAAAACGAUUUAUGUCAGGUGAAGCAAAAGGUUAAAAGACAAGUUUUGCAGAUAGAAAUUAGCUCUACCAUCACACAUUUCUAGCUUAGCAUAGCCCAGAACACAUUGUUUUUAAAAGGAUAUCUAGGAAUAAAUUGUAAGAUGCUGAAAAAAAAUAA